CAGCACCCAACAAAAAAUCAAAGAUAGUGAGAGAGAGAGAGAGAAUCGGAAGAAGCACACCAAACAAGAAAUAGUGAACUUAGGGUUUCGUAAGGAGAAAUCGGAGCGUUUGUGACGCGGAUUUAUGUCGGCUGGUUUUGAAUCGACUGUGAUUUUGUCUCUGACCCAGUUAUCUUGUCCGAUUUCAUCAUCCUCUUCAUCUUCUUCCUUGAAAUCUGGUCUGGCUGCUUUUUCAAACGCUCUUCACUUCUGCUCAAAGCAGAGGCUUGUUCUCGAGAUUCCGUCUCUUUCCAUGCGCUUAAGACCCAAAAGGACUUGUUCUGGCGUUGAAGUAUUUGGGGGUUUUCACAUAAAGCAGCAAAAAUUCUCUUUUUUCAUAGUCCGCUGAGAUUUUAAAAAUCUUUUUUUUCUCCAAAGUUUUGAUACAGAGUUUUGAAAAGUUUUGUCCUUUUUUUGUUUUCUGGGUAUUUUGAGGAUUUGGGUGUGAAAACAACAAUGGUAGAGCUAAGAAAACAACAGUCUUUGAGUGGUACGAAGAAACCAAAGAGAAACAACUCUUUACUGUCCCAUCCUCAAGAAACCCAAACCUUGAGAAAAAUUCGUAUCAUUGUGAACGACCCUUAUGCUACUGAUGAUUCCUCUAGCGACGAAGACGAGCCUAAGCCUCGUAAAGUGAAAAGAAUCGUCCGUGAGAUCAACUUUCCAUCAUUGGAAUCUGCUCCUUCUGUGAGUUCUUCUCAGGACAGCACCAAAACCAUCGUCAAGAAAGCAGCUGCUGCUUUGGCUGCUUCUCGUAAUCGGUUGACUAAGAAGCCUGUUGGUGUUAGGCAGAGGAAAUGGGGAAAAUGGGCUGCUGAGAUUAGACAUCCUAUCACUAAGAUCAGGACAUGGUUAGGUACUUUUGAGACUGAAGAAGAAGCUCAUCAAGCUUAUAAAGACAAGAAGAAAGAGUAUGAUGCUCUUGUCGCUUCUGUGUCUGUGUCUGAGAAUGCUAAACCUGCUGCUUCUUCGUCUGAGACCAGUCAAUGCUCUCGCUCUUCACCUAUUGCUCCUCUUGAGCAAGAUACUUCAGCUUCAGCUCUUACUUGUGUCAAUGUUAAAGAAGAGGUCAAGAUCAAGAUCACUCCGGAUGAUGCUACUGUUGGUGUGGAUUCGAGCAAGGAAAUGUUGUUUGAUUUCAACUUUGCUGAUCUACAAAUCCCUGAUCUUGGUUUCUUUGCUGAUGAUGGACCAAUGGCUACUGUAGGAGACUUUGAUUGUUUCCUCAAUGAUGAUCAGCUUGAUGGUUUGGGUUUGCUCGAUGACAUUGAUGGAUUCGAAGACAGUGGUCCAAGCGAGCUACCGGAUUUUGACUUUGGAGAUGUUGAGCUCGAGCUAGGUGAUGACUCUAGUUUCGCCUUUCUCGAUCAAAUCCAGCCUCUCAACAUUCCUUCUUGCCCCAUGAAAAGUUUUGCAGCUUAAAUUAGGAUUUUUCCAUUAUGUUUUCUUUUUUUUUCAAGUGAGAAGAGUUUAUGUUUUUUUAGUAUUCAAGACACAAAGAUAAGUGUGUUCCGGAGAGAAGUAAGAUCUUAAGACAUAAUUAGCCGGGUUUUGCAAUUAGGGACUUUGUUUAAUUUCGGUUAAUGAAGAUGGAAGUGUUAAGUUGUGAAAGAUUCAAUACUAGUUUUGCUUCUUA